AUGGAAGAACAUUUUAAGAAAAUUGAUAUACUAAUAAGAAAAUAGUAAUUCUAAAAAUGUAUAAGCAAACUAGAAAAAUUGUAAAAUGAAUUGAACAUUAAAAUAAAUAAUCCUGAAGAAUGUUCUGUGACAGAAUUAGUAUUAUUAAUAAUUUAUAAGAUUUUUUAAAGCAAUAUUUAUGAGAGAUAUGCCUAAAUCUUUAUUGAUAUCAAUUAAGUUUAUCGUGCUAUGCAAUAUUUAAUUAAUAUGAUAAAAAUAGAAAAAGAACUUUUCAAAACUUAAAAUGAUAAAGAGAGCAUCUUAAGAUUAUGCAACUCUUAUGCUAAAAUUGGUAAUAAUCAAUAAUAAUAAUUUAAGGAAGAUGCUGUUUUUAUUGUUGUUAUUAUGAACAAACAUUCAAAUAUCUUGAUUAUGCUUAUUAAUUAUUAAUUAAGCAUGAUCUAAAAUAAACUGGAGUUUAUGCUAUGACAUUAACAUUGUUGGGAAAUUAUUAUAGAUUUAUGUUUUAAGAUGAUUUGGCAGAAUAAAUGUUAUUUGAAAGUAUCAAAAUUAGAGAAGAAUUAUAUACAAGAUAAUCAAUUGUAUUAUUUAUUUAUAUUAAAGGAAGUGGCUGAUUCAUUACAUGGAUUAUCAUAAUUAUUUUCAGAUGAAGGAAAAAUUGAAGAAGCAAUGAAUACAAUUACAGAAGCUAUUUCCAUAUGGACAGAAGUAUUAGGUUAUUAACAUAUUAAAACAGCAAAAUCCAUUUAUUUGAAAGGUAAUCUCUAUCUAAGAAUGAAAAAUACUCAAGAAAGUAGAAACAUUUAAUUAUUCUAGAUUUAUCUUGUGCAUAAAAACUUAUUACUGAAAGUUUAGAAAUAAAUUUAAAAAUAAUUGGAGAAUCAUCUUAAGAUAUUGCUGAUUGUUAUCAUUCUUUAGGUAAAAUUCAAUCUUAAAAUUUAAAUUCUAAUGAAUUCGAAUAGUAUUUUUUAAAAUCUCAAGAUAUUUUAAAAACAUUGUAUGGUGAAAAUCAUGCAAGUAUUGCAAUUAUUCUUAAUAAUUUUGGAAGAUCUUAUUAUGAAAGAAAGUAAUUUGAAGAAGCUGUAAAUUGCUUUGAAGAAUCUAUUAAAAUAUAUACAUAGUUAUGUGGUAAAAUGCAUGGCAAUUUAGCUAUUACCCUUAAAAAUUGUGCAGAUUGUCAUAAAGAAUUAGGUCGAUAUAAAUAAGCUUAUAUUGACUAUCAAAAAUCAUUAGAAAUUUAUUAGGUAUUAUCUAUUUUAAACUAGAAAAUGUAAAUAAAUUCUUCAUAGGCAAAUUAAAUAUAAAAUUUAAUGUCUUAAAUCUCAGAUAAGUACUUAGAGGAUUGA